AUCACUCCUCUGUACAGAAGCUUGCUGGUGAUGGACGGCGGAGAGAUCAGAGAGGCUGCCGCUUGGCACCGUGUCAUUACUCCGACUCCAGCUCUCCUCGGCCCCCGGCGCUCAGCAUACCUCUCCAGUGUGGGCACAUAGCCGGGGAGGUGGGUGGGGGUGCGCUGUCAGCUCUAUUUAAACCCAUUCAAACCCGGACCGCUCACACACCCUGCGCCCUCGGUUCUACAGUAGAGGCAGUCUCCUUCACUCAGCAUGGCCACCGAUGAAGUGCGUGCACCUCUGGGCUCCGUCGAGAACCCGAUCAAGUGUAAAGACCAGGACUACGAGACUCUGCUGCAGGAGUGUCUGAAGGCCGGUGUGCUGUUCUCUGAUCCAUCCUUCCCCGCCGAGCAGAGGUCCAUCGGUUUGCCCGAGCAGGACGCGGAUCCGAAAAAGGCGAUAAAGUGGCAGCGACCCAAGGAAAUCAGUGAGAGGGCUGUGUUUGUGGAGGGCACGACUGGGACCACUGAUAUCUGCCAGGGCCAACUGGGUAACUGUUGGCUGCUGGCCGCCCUGUCCUGUCUGACCAUGCACCCCAAGCUCUUUGUGAAGGUGGUGCCACCUGACCAAAGCCUGUCCGAACCUUAUGCAGGGAUCUUCCAUUUUACAUUCUGGCAGUAUGGUGAGUGGGUGGAGGUGGUUGUGGAUGACAGGCUGCCAGUACGCGAAGGCCGUCUGCUCUUCAGCUACUCUCACACCCGCAAUGAGUUUUGGAGCGCCCUAGUGGAGAAGGCCUAUGCCAAGUUAAUCGGAUCCUAUGGAAGCCUGAAGGGCGGCAACAUUUCAGAGGGGAUGGAAGAUUUCACAGGAGGCAUCGCGUACACGAUGGACGUCUCGUCUCGUACCCCUCGAGUCCUCUGGAGGUGUUUGACCGGGGCCCUGUCCAGAGGCAGCCUGCUCAGCUGCUUCAUCCAGGCCUACAGCUACCAUGACAUUGGUAAGGUGACAGGCAACGGGCUGAUAAAGGGCCACGCUUACGCAAUCACCGACACUGACAAGGUGAGGAAAGCGUCAGAUGAGAUUUUGCUGCUGAGGCUGAGGAACCCCUGGGGUUUUGUCGAAUACCGUGGACCUUGGAGCGACAAGGGUAAAGAGUGGGACGCCUUGGACAAAGCGGAGAAGGAGCGGAUUGAUCUGAAAAAGAGAGAAGAUGGAGAGUUCUGGAUCAGUGCAGAAGACUUCAGCAGCCUGUUCAACAUCGUGGAGCUGUGCAGUGUGAGUCCUGACUCUCUGGACGAGGGAAGGCCACCUGCCCCGUCUUCCACUCCUGCGCUCCAAUCCACCUGGACCAUCAGUGAACACGAAGGAUCCUGGGUACCGGGCAGCUCUGCUGGCGGCAGCCGCAGAUAUAACAAAACAUUUUGGAAAAAUCCUCAGUUCCAGUUGAUCCUUAGAGAACAGGACCUGACCGAGGAGGAAGACGAGGACGAGGAUGAUGACGAUGAAGAUGAUGAGGUGGAGAUGACCCCGGAGGAGAAGAAGAGAGCAGAGAAACAGAAGCAGAAGGCCAAACAGUGCACUGUGCUGGUGGAACUGCUGCAGAAAAACCGCAGGCAGAGAGACAAAGUCCACUUUCUCUUUGUGGCUUUCCACGUCUACAAGGUUCCUCCUGAGCUCGAGGGCAUGUGUCUGGGCCGUGACUUCUUCAUGGCAAAUACCCCUGUGGGUCGUUCAGGGAAAUAUACUACUCAGAGAGGUGUGUGGAGGAAGAUGAGUCUGGCCCCGGGUAACUACAUCAUUGUGGGGUCCACCUAUCGACCCAACAAGCCUGGAGAUUUCUUUGUCCGCAUUUUCUCCAAGACUGGAAACACUCUGGGGACUCAGGACUUCACCUGCUCCUCCGGCUACCUCCCGGUUAUGGCAACCCCUGUCUCCCCAGAGGAUCAAAGCAGAGUUCAGAAGACUUUUGAUGAAGAGGCUGGCCCUGAUGACAUGCUGGACGCCAAGGAGCUCACGAAGCUGUUGAACUCAGUUCUUGACAAAGAUUACCAUCUGCCCCUGGAGACGUGCCGACAGCUCAUCUUUGGAGAGGAUCAGACUAAAGGACACUGCCGUCUCAGCCGCAAACAAGCAGAAACCCUGCUGUCCAGUCUGCGCAAUCUGCAGUCCAUCUUCUUCCAGUUCGAUAUGGACUCCUCUGGGACAAUGAGCCCCUUCGAGCUCAGCGCAGCACUGGAAGCUGUUGGAAUGCGGUGUGAUGGAAAGGUAAUCCAGCUGCUGUCUGAGCGGUUUGCAUCUGGAGAGCUUCACAUGCCCUUCCAAAGCUUUGUGUCAUGUUUCACCAGGCUGCGCACCCUUUUUGCUCUGUAUGAGUUAGAGACCAGUCAAGAGGUGAAAGACAAGGGCAUCAAUGCCUGGAUCACUCCGUUUUUGAUGCUGUGAAGUAGAAGACGUUGUCCACACACUCACCGUGUGCUGUUGAUUCCAAAACGUCACAGCUACAGCUAUGGCAGUUUAUGCUCUGCCAUGCUGUUGUUUUAUUCUUGCUUCAUCUUGAACCAUUCUCAUAUCUGCUUGCUAUGACCUUGAUAUAAUAAAGUUUGUAUUGGUAUGAGUAUUUGUAUUAGUAUUACAGUUAUAAGUUAGUUAUCAGUAUUACAUCAUUACAGAUAUGAGUUUAGAGGUGUCUUUAUUGCUUUUGGAUUUUUAACGCAUUGGUCUAUUAAAAAGAAAACCUGAAAGUAA